AUGGGUCAUCUGCGGAAUGGUGAUGGUGAGGGUGUUGAGUUGAGUACGGGGAAAGAGAGAGGUUUGGAGAGUGGGGAGGAUUUGGAGAGCAAGGAGGAGAGUGAGGAGCUUGAAAUGAGUGGUGAUGCGGGGGAAGAGAACGCGGAGAAAGAUGAGGAGGCGGAGGAAGAAGGAGAAGAAGAUGAGGCUGGGGAAGAGGACGAGGAAGAUACUAUCGAGUCUGUCUUUAAAGAGAUUCAUGCGUGGGAGGGAGAAGGGAGUUCUGAACGGGACGGAGAGAGGCACAUUGAGGGUGAGAGGCACAGGGCGAGAGAGAGCAGGGGCGGGGUUUUUGAGAAUUCUCAAAAACCAGGGAGUGCUGAAAGGGACGGAGAGAGGGAUAUUGAGGGUGAUAGGUACAGGGCGAGAGAGAGCACGGGCAAGGGGGAGAGCGGGAGCAGAGAGGAGAGGAGUCGCAGGUGGAAAGAGGCGAUCAGCGAAAUGAGAGGCGAGUGGGACGUGAAGGAAGCGAGGGGAGUGAGGGGAGAGAGGAGAGGAGUGAGUGGAGUUCCCAAGGGGGUGAGAAGAGGCGGGAGGACGGGGAGACGACGGCUGGUGGACGGAUGGAUGGCAGGGCUGCCGGAGAAUACCGAGAGAACAGCGAUUGAGAAGACAAGCAGGAGAGGUAGAACGAGAAGGAGGAGGAGGCUGGUGGAUGGGUGGGUGGCUGGACCGCAAGAGAAGGGAGAGUCAGCGUUUCGGUGGCGGAACGAGGUGGGAGAUGAAGAGGAGAUGCUGACUCAGCACCACGACAGCUACCAAUGGCAGUGGCCCGUGGCACGGUUGGGCGACAGCUGGCGCGGCAUGUUCAUGCGGGAAGCCCGAUAUGACAUUGCGAACACCCCUUCAUGCAAGGGCAUUCUCCCCCCGCCAGCCUACACCAACCUGCCCAUCCUCGGCCGCGACGCCAACGAGACAGAGCUGAAAAUCCUCGGCAACGUGCGGCGCCACCAGGAGAAGCGCGAGGCGAUCCCAAUGGACCUGCUGGUGUCGUGGGCGGGGGUGGGAAAGGAGACGCGCGAUCCCAUCAUGGAGGGCCUUCUGGAGAGCAUACCGCGGGAGCGCUGGCUCAUCUGGGCGCCGCGCUUUGGGCUGGGGAACUCGCUGAGAGGGUACACUUCGGCGUUCAUCUUUGCUUUGCUGUCGGGACGGAGGCUGCUGAGGUGGCACGGGGGGGCCCACAGGAUGGUCCUGGAGCGUCUGUGCGAUGCGUUCUACUGUGGGCUAGACGAGUUGCACUAUAGAGGGGACAUGCGCAAACACACAAAGCUGAUGGAGGGACGAGAGCUUGUGAUUCACGGGCUCAACUACUACUCCCCUGUCAUGGCUGUCAACUCGGGUGCGUUCUUCGAUGCCUUUUGGCGCAGGGAUCCCCUGAUCAACCAGUGUGUGCAUGACGCCUUCGGCUGCCGCUCCCUCUGGUGCAUCCAGUCGCAAGUGCUCUCCCUCCUCCUCGGCAAAGGGCCAAGGCCUGGGGUGCAAGAGGUGGUUGAUAGAGACUUGAGAGUGGUGCCACCGCUGGUGUUCAGAGGGGGCGGGAUGGGGAUGGAGGAGGGGGAGGCGAAAGGGGGGAAGGUGGAGCCGCAGACGGUUGCGAAAGGCGAGGGGCUGAGGCUGCAGUUUGACCUGUCGAUUCACAUCCGUGGACACUCAGUCAACGUGGAGGGCGAUCACUGUGCCGAUAAAGACACCAAGUGCCAGGAGCGAGCCCAACAGGCAGAAAUCUCCCGCGCCCACAACCUGAUGAAGCCCAAUCGCUGGCGCUGCAUCGCCAGGCUGGCUCAGUUCCUGCGCGUCAAAAAGGCUGCUGCCAGCGCUGCACUGCCCGGCCAGGCUCACAACCCUCUCCACUCAAACUCCUCCUGCUGUUGCUGUCCCUCUCCUUCCGUCUCUUUCCGUCUGCCCCACUCCCCCUCCCCGAACAGCAACGUGGAGGGCGAUCACUGCGGGGAUAAGGACACGCCGUGUCAGGAGAGAGCCCAACAGGCGGAGAUAUCAAGAGCCCACAACCUGAUGAAGCCCAACCGCUGGCGCUGCAUCGCCAGGCUGGCGCAGUUCCUGCGCGUCAAGAAGGCUGCUGCUGGCGGCUUCCCCAACGCUACAGCCGCCGCUGCUGCCUGCUUCGAGUACGAAGCGCCGCUUGCUACAGUAUUCGCGGCGUCAACGGAGUUUGAACAGGAAGAGAAAGCUUCAGCAGAGGAGAAGGUUGCAGGAAUGGACGGUUGA